AUGGGGCUGGACUUGCUGAAGAAGUAUUACUUGGGCACCCCUGUCUCCCCAGUGCCCCUCAAGGUGAUUCUGGCCCUGGAGCAGUUGAGCAAGCUGAAGCCCUCUUUAGGAAGCAAGGAUGCACGUGAAAUGUUGGCUCUGUGCUGCAAGAACAUUGUGUCACACCCUUCAGCAGAGAUGAUGCUGAAGAUCAAGAAGUCACGGCAAGCAGCACAGUACCUGCAGCUUCUGCAGACAUCGUUGAACGCUCUGGGCCGGCUCAUGGUGGUCCUGCUUGAGACAGAGACCACCCGGGGAUUCUUCCAGAACAUAGUCCAGGUCCUGCAGAGAUCACUGACCUCAAACAACAUGUGGGAGCGCAACAGGGCCCUGCAGACCUGCUCCCAGCUGCUGGCUGCUUGUGAAGAGCUUCCGAGAGGAGAUGCCUGUGAGUCCUUUGGCUCCUUGGUGGGAUUGCUGGCUCCGCUGACAUGUGACCCCAUGCCCACAUCCCGCCAGUUGGCCGCCACCUGCCUGAGCUCCCUUCUGCAAAUCCAAGCCAAGGCGGCCAACAGAGUCAUCGAGACAGGAGACGCUGGGAGCCUGUGUGAGGGGCUGAAUGACUGCAGCUCCAUCACUCAGCUCCAGACCUCAUCCAAACUGGCAAGGAUGGUGUGCAGAAACUUCCCCCUGGAACGCACCGUUGACUUCCUGAUGGCCAUCAAGGACACCUUGCGGAAAGCCAGGGGAAUGCGCGUGCGUGCAGCUGGGAAGUGGAUGAUCACCUUUCUGCAGAUGUACGGGAAGGACAUCUGUCGGGACGUGCUACCAAUCCUCCACAUCCUGCGCAGCUGCACAUCAUCCGCGCAGCAGAGCACGUUCAUGCCCUUCCUGUGCCAGGCGGUGGUCAUCCUCACCCGCUGCCACAAAGAGGUCAUGAUUGACAACUUCUCCCGGCUGCUUGGGCCCACAGACAGUGAGAUGUGGAGGAGAAUAAGAGAGUUUUGUCUACAACGGUGGAGCCGAUAGAAGAGCGA